GACCAGCUUUCUUCUCGAACCCAUGUGUCUUGAAAUAUUUUGUUCUUUUACAGUCAGCAAAAAUAUUUCUUUUUAAAUGGUCAUUUUUAUUGCACAACGACGCUUUAUUUCAGACGUACUUUACUGCUCUCGACUAAACCUAUUUCACUUGCUAUGAGGUUAAAACGACAGUCUAAAGGUAUCUCGCCUUCCGCCAAAAGAUUGAAGACUAUAAAGGCACCGGUUUCGUUUGAAAAUGGGGGAAAAUCUUCUGAGGGCGAAAUAGUAAGGGAUAACUCGUCUGAAUGCUCUACAGACUCUCUACGUAGUACGUGUGAUAGUUUGGCUAGCGAAAUUGAAGCUGAAACAGCAGCAAAGCUAACACAAUGUUUAUCUUUGGACUGUGAGAUGGUCGGUGUUGGUAUUUAUCGUUCUUCUGCACUGGCCAGAUGCAGUGUGGUCAAUUAUAACGGUGACGUAGUCUGUGACGUAUAUGUCAAGCCUGAACAGCCUGUGACUGAUUAUCGUACAAAGUGGAGCGGCAUCCGCAAAGGAGAUCUAAACGAUGGCUGCACUUUUCAGGAAGCGAGAACACAAGUGCGACAGAUCAUAACAGGUCAUACAUUAGUUGGUCAUUCUCUACAUUCAGAUCUCCAUGCGUUAAACUUAUCACACCCUCGGCAUCUAAUGCGGGAUACGUCUAAGUACUGUCCAAUUAGAGGCCUCGCAGGCUUGCAACGUAAUAUGACACCAUCGUUAAAAGAUUUAACAAGUAUAUUGUUAAGUCGUACGAUUCAGGAUGGUGAACAUUGCUCGGUCGAAGAUGCUCGGGCAGCGAUGUCGUUAUAUCAACUCUGUGAACAACAGUGGGAGAAAGAGCUACGAGGUGAACUGAGCAACCAAUCGUAUCUCUCGGAUCUGUAUUGGCCUUCUUGGACCAGAACAGGGAACCCCAGUUAGGUUUUGAGUGGAAUAAUGUGAAAAUCAAUACAUCAUGAAUGAUUAUGAAAGUAUUUGGAGACAGUUGUAUGAAAUCCUGAUAGCUCUAUCUGCUGGGUAAAGCUGUAAAACUAUAGAUUUAAACCCUACAAUUUGUAUGAAAAUAUAUUUGAUAAAUACAAAACUUUAGUUGGUUGGUUUGAGAGAAAUACAACUACCGGGAAAAUAUAAGCAGAACUUCAACAUUUCGUAUGAAGACCCUUUGUCUUCCCAACUGCCCAACUGUUUAAUUAUUAAAGUACACAACACCAACACAAUAAAAAAAGUCUACUGAUUUCCUGAAAAAGGGCUUUCGAAACAUUAAAGUUGUGCUUAUAUUAUUCAGGUAGUUAAUUUUACAAAGUUUGAAAAAAUCACCAGUGCAUAGUGUUGUACUGCCUGUGACAUUUAUGUUUGAAUUAAAAUUGUAUGUCUAAAAAUCUUGUGUUUAUUAUUGAAUCAUGCCAUGUUACUAGGCAUAAAACUAAUUUAUUAAGAAUGACAAAUUUUGUAAUAAUUUGAAGUUUCUAUCAUUUUUAUGUGAUCAAUAAAGUUGUGUCAGCAU